UGUUGCGAGUAGCAAGCGAAAUAAAAAAAUAAAUAUGUACACACAGUGCUGGAGUGACGCCGCUAUUCAAAGAGGAGAUCAAUCCUCAUCUACACAGCGGUUGGUCUACCGUAGCAGCAAUAGCGUAGGCAAAGAAUAGAGGCCAUCGUCCCAUUGAAACUUGUCUUUCAAUUAUGACGCAAGGAGCUGUGUUUUUUUUUUUUUUCUUUUUCGAGUUGAAUGCCAGAUGGAGAGAUAGCUGCCAGAUAUACCGGUGCGGGAGGGGGAAGGGAAUUUCAUAUCCUUGGCUUGAAAUCUCAAUACAUAACGGCGUGCUUUUCAAAACGCUAUGUCAAACAACCUGUAAUCAAAUGCGAAACAAUUCGUUUGCAGUUCUUUUUCCCAUGAAAAAAUUCAAUUAAUUUAUUUUUUAUUCAUGAUUUGUUAAAAAUUUGGAUGAAGGCUGUUUACAUUUGUGCAUUCGCUAUUGAACUUUGGUUGAUAACCGAAGCAAAAGAUGAAUUACCUUCUCCGCCUUAUAUUCUUUGUUUGGUCUACUUUAUUAUUUGGAUUAUGUCAGUGGCCUUGCUCGUUGGACUCGCACUGAGAAGAACGCAACCAAUUUUAGCUUGGUUACUAUGUUUGAUUGUGGUGUUCUUUCUGGAAUGCGGACUCGUCAUGUUCAUGAGCCUUUAUUACUGGACACUAGAUACGUCAUUCGGCACGGUGGAAUUGGUAUUUUGGAUCGUCCGCGCUUCGAUGAAUAUUUUGGGGACAAUCCAAGUGUUUUCUCUCUACUCGCAAUGGAAAGAGGAAAAGAAUGUCAGUCGCAGAUUACGGGAUCUUAGCAUGCAUACGUCUCCAAUGUCUAACGGUUACUACACAAACCCCGUAAUCAAGACACCAUUGCCGGGAAGCCUCAGAGCUGGUUAUCACAACGCUGCAUAUCUUAACUCAAACAUGAAUUUACGACAGAUGCAAAUGCACGGCAACCGCCAACAAGUCAACGCUGCCAUGGCAUCGUUGGAUCGCACUCGUAAAAAUUUUGCAAAACACUCAUUAAACCGAUCCAUAUCUUCCGUAUCACAACUCUACCCAAAGGAAGAGACCGAUUGUGGCAAGGUGUUCACUAAAGGAGAGAUCGCGAAUGGCUUUACGGUUUUCGACCAAUGGCAGCAGCAUCAGCAGUGGCUGGAACAGAAAAAAAGGGGAUAACUCCAGAACCUGGGAUGGCUUUCGGUCCUAUGGGCAUCGCUGGAGUUGGACUAGAUGAUUCAGAAUUGGGAACGAUGGAUAACGGCUGUUGCCCGCAGCAUUCCAUGCGGUUUACGAACGAUGGCGAUUAUUUGAAUCGGGCCCCACUUUCGCGUGCCGUCAGCACCCUCUUGUUGAAUCGUCACUGCCCUUCUCAAUUUGCAAUUCCAAAUUUUGAUCGACAACGCCAGUUUUUAGUUGGCUCCAAUUCGGUUGACAGCCAAGCACCGCCAAUGAGGCGGGCCCAUUCCAUGAACGAUUUGAAUCUUAGGGCUUCCUCAACCUCAUGCGAUAUCAAGUUCGGUCGAACAAACAGGCCGCAUUUUGAUUACAUUUGGUCGGCCGGACGUCACGGACAUAUAAUUACGCGAGGCGAAUCUGACGACUUCCAACGCAGUUACAAAGACGUCGCUUUGUAGACUUUGGAAUAGAGACCUUGAAAAAAUGUUGAAAAAUCACGUGCGUUGUCUCUUUAAAAAGUUCCCUGACAACAAACAUGCAGCUUCGAAAAAAAGUUACCUGAUAUUUUUGUGUUGUUGUUGUUAUAUCUCGUCAAGGUAGCGUAUAUAGACACUGCCUCCGAUUUGCACAUUUAACAAUAAAUUUUGUUUGCCCCUUA